AUGAACUCAAAAAGAAAGGAUAGUGAGGUAUCGGGCUCGACCCGUACAGUUGGUGCAGAAUCUCCUUGGGAUUCCCCUACCUUUGAGGGUGUUGCUUUGUUUACAUCAACUUUUGCUGAUAACAAAAAGGGUUAUCCUCAUUAUGAUCAACCUCAACAACCACUUUUAUGA